AUGCCUAUAAGCAAGAUGGAACCAAUACCUAAUAUAUUACCGGCGCGCGGCGAUCCGCCGGUCCGCGCGGGGCCGCCGCCGCCGCUCGCGCUCCGCGACGUGCCGCGAGGCCUCGCGGACGCGCUGAAGCCGCACCAGCGCGAGGGCGUCGCGUUCGUGCUCGCGCGGCCCGCGGCGAUCCUCGGCGACGCGCCGGGCAUGGGCAAGACGGCGCAGGCCAUCGCGGUCAUCGCCGCGGUGCUCGGCGGCGGCGGCGCCGCGGCGACGCGGGUCCUGGUCGUCGCGCCGGCCACCGUCGUGCCCGUCUGGCUCGCCGAGUUCCGCAAGUUCCUCGGCACCGAGGCCCCGGCCAUCGUCACCGCCGACGGCGACUCCCGCGCGCUGUCCGUCGCGGAGGUCCUGCGGCGGCUGGCGACGACGUCGGCGCCGCUCGUCGCGGUCAUCAGCUACGAGGCCAUGGUGCGGCACGCGAACGCCUUCACGGCCAUGCUCGACCUCCUCGUCUUCGACGAGGCCCACAGGCUCAAGAACCCCGGCACGAAGCAGUCCACCGCUGCCUCCCUGUCCCUGAGUUUACUAUCUCGGUACCGGAAACAUACUGUAUUCCUGCGACUUUGUUCGAAGACGACUUUCAUGGCGCAGAGAGGACAAAAGCGGGCUGCGGACGACGACGGCGAGGCGGCCUUCCUAGCCGACCUCGAUGGCCUCUUCGAGCCCGACGAGCCCACGGCGCUCGUCGACGCCAAGAAGCAGAAGGGCCGCCCCUUGGGGAGCGUCUCCGGGCCGAGCUCCCGCCCCACGCUCUUCCUCAAGGCCUGCGUGGACGCCAAGGCCGGCAAGGCGUGGCUCAUGGUGCGCUACAAGUGCUCGCACGAGAUCCACAAGGUCUACAACGGCGGCGCGCCGACGUUCUGGGCCUUCGACGAGGGCCCCAAGUCCCGGCACGCGAUCGACGCGUUGCCGCUGCGCGGCGCCGACGAACCGGGCAUCGCGCACGUGUAUCUGCGCCCCAUCGAGCUGAGGAUCGAGGCGGGGCAGAAGGCGUCCAAGAUCCACGGCGACCUCAUCGUCGAUGCGGGCCAGGACGCGGCCCGGAAGGCGGCCCUGCCUGACCUCGCUUCGACAACCCGAAGUAUAAGGCCGGAAGUUAGAUUUUUUUAA